AUUUUCAAUUCAGCAACCAUAAAAAAAAAAAAAGAUUUUCAAUUCAGCACGCGUUUCUUCAAAGCAAAGUCUCGAAGUCCCAACAACCAUGGUUGCCCCUGAGAAGGAUCCCAGAGAGGAAGUCAUUCAAGCAUGGUACAUGGAUGACAGUGAUGAAGACCAAAGACUUCCUCAUCAUCGCAACCCAAAAGAAUAUGUGUCUUUGGAGCAAUUGGAUGAACUUGGAGUACUGAGCUGGAGACUGGAUGCUGAUAACUAUGAAACAGACGCUGAAUUGAAGAAGAUUCGCGAAGAGCGUGGAUACUCCUACAUGGAUUUCUGUGAGGUUUGCCCAGAGAAGCUUCCAAACUAUGAAGAGAAGAUUAAAAACUUUUUUGAGGAACAUCUUCACACUGAUGAGGAGAUCCGCUAUGCUGUGGCAGGAAGUGGUUAUUUUGAUGUAAGAGAUCGUGAAGAACGCUGGAUCCGUGUUUGGUUGAAGAAAGGGGGAAUGAUUGUUUUGCCAGCUGGAAUUUAUCACCGUUUUACUCUGGACUCAAACAACUAUAUCAAGGCGAUGCGGCUAUUUGUUGGGGACCCAGUCUGGACUCCUUACAACCGUCCCCAUGACCAUCUUCCUGCGAGGAAGGAGUAUGUUAAAGCUUUUGUUCAAAAGGAGGUCGGUGAUGCCAUUGAUGCUGCAGCUUGAAAUCUAUAUACGGAAUAGUAUAACUUUAUGGAAUUGAUAUAAUAUAUCUAUAUAUGUUAUGAUAUGCUCGUAUUGGGUACUUGGCUUACCUAUGGGGCUUGUUUGUGUUUCUGUGGCAUACCCUACAAACCUGGCAACAAUAAUGUGUUGUAAUAAAUGUCAGAUAUCCAUGUUUUGUGAAUAGUUGGUACUCUGUCUUAUCCAUAGUUGAAUGGUUUCUCUGCUUUAUUUUGACUC